CUCCGGCCCCACUAGGCCUCUAGGGGGCAGAGCCCAUUGAGCGGGCGAUUUCCCGGACCCGCCCCCCUCGGGUCCUGAAAGCUAAAGCGUGGCAGGGGCCGGGCAGGGGAAGCGGAGGAGGCGGGUCUCCAUAGAAACGUCCACCUGUUUCCGGCCAGGCUGUGCGAGAUUAGGGGCUGCUGCGGGGGCCAAUCUCAGCUAGCUCGUCUUUUCCCGGCGGCCUCUGCGGGAGUGGUGGGUGUUGUACACAAUCAUCAUGGCGGCAGCCGGAGCCCCGGAUGGCAUGGAGGAACCUGGCAUGGACACGGAGGCCGAGACGGUGGCGACCGAGACCCCCGCGCGGCCCCUAAACUGCGUGGAGGCCGAAGUCGCGGCGGGGGCGGCGGCGGCCGAGGACUCCUGCGCCGCGCGAGGCAGCUUGCAGCCGGCCCCGGCCCAGCCCCCUGGGGACCCUGCGGCCCAGGCCUCGGUCAGCAACGGCGAGGACGCUGGCGGCGGCGCGGGCCAGGAGCUGGUGGACCUGAAGAUCAUCUGGAACAAGACUAAGCACGACGUGAAGUUCCCCCUGGAUAGCACAGGCUCUGAGCUAAAACAGAAGAUUCACUCGAUUACAGGUCUCCCUCCUGCCAUGCAAAAAGUCAUGUACAAGGGACUUGUCCCUGAGGAUAAGACAUUGAGAGAAAUAAAAGUGACCAGCGGAGCCAAGAUCAUGGUGGUUGGCUCCACGAUAAAUGAUGUUUUAGCCGUAAACACACCCAAAGAUGCUGCCCAGCAGGACGCAAAGGCUGAAGAGAACAAGAAGGAACCGCUCUGCAGGCAGAAACAACACAGGAAAGUGUUGGAUAAAGGAAAACCUGAAGAUGUGAUGCCAUCUGUUAAGGGUGCCCAGGAGCGCCUGCCCACGGUACCCUUAUCCGGCAUGUACAAUAAGUCCGGAGGCAAAGUGAGACUCACCUUCAAGCUAGAACAAGACCAGCUGUGGAUUGGCACUAAAGAUUCCUGGAGGGAACGGAACAUGCCUAAUUCACCUGUUUGUGGCCAGCACUGUAGGUGUUCAGUGUUCGAGAGCGGACUGAGAAAUUGCCCAUGGGCUCCAUUAAAAAUGUGGUCAGUGAACCUAUCGAAGGACACGAAGACUACCACAUGAUGAGCCGUUGGAGUAUUGCUUUAUGGAGCUCAGUAAAUUUGCUAGAAUGAUCUUGAGCUCUGGCUCCUGACCCUGUCUGCAUGGAGACCUUGCUGGGAGCACUCGGGAGAGCAGAGGUGGACAGCUCCAGAAGCCGCUGGGAGAAGUAUUUGAUUUAGAUCCAUGUCUGGGUCACAGCAGUAUUCACGGGUUUGUCACUCAGUCCCGUGAGCGGUCUCUUCCUAACCUUGUUUACGGUCCAGAGUAUACUGACUAAAUCUGUGUUAGCAAAAUGAAGUACUCGUCCCCCUAGGUGGCAUCACAGUGUUAAUUUUUCCUCAGGAUUAUUCCUGUGCAGCUCCUUCCCUGUUGGAGGGGAGCGGCUCCUUCCCCGGGGUCAUGCCCUGCCUCCCUGUGGCAGAGAACUUGCAGGCGGGUGGCCUCAGGAGGACAGACGUCAGGCCUCUCUUCCCUCCCUGAGCCCUCUUGGCCAAGUAGUGACAAGGUCACUCGUGCCAGGGCUCCGGCCCUCGCAGCUCUGCUUCUGUCAGUCUGGUCAGAGAACUUAGAAAAGCAGAUUUGCGAGUUGCUGGAAGUCUCUGGUGUGAAGUAUUUUAAUUGAAGCUGGGCCUUUUGCAAGUGGCGUUAGCUCUUUGCAGAUGGGAUUGAACUAAGGAUGCCCUCGCGGACACGGUGGGGGCCACUGAGGCCUCAGUAGGUUCCUUAGCGGCUGCUCUACCUGACAAGGGCCAAAGAGACCAACUCUGUCACUUUGCCACAUCUCAGAAAAGUUGCCAUAUUUCAUCCGGAAGGGACUCGCUUUCCUCUUCUUCUUCCUUUAACCAUGUGCCUGGAGGAGCCGUCCUGGGCUCUCGCACUUGGCCCACCCUUGCUUUGCUGGGGCUGAGAAGGGGAAGGGAUGGACUCCACGUGCCAGGGCCGUGUGAGGGCAGGCCUGCUUUCCACCCCAUCUUCUGAGGGAGACCUCUCUCUUGCUCCUUGCUGCUGUGUUCAUGCCUGUUGUCUUGGAAAAAGGAUGGUCCCUUUGUCUUAAGGCUCUGCGAGGAAGUCCUCUCCAGUUAGGAGAGGACUGUUUCCUUCCUAGUAGGGCCGGAUGGCCUCUCUGAAGUUACAGGUGGUCGGGAGCCCUCCAGAGUGCAGAAAUCUGGCACAUCUCCCUGCCAGGCUGGGUGGUUCUACUGCUUUCUAAAUUUCUAAAAACCUCUUUCCUUUUCUUUCUUAAAGAGUUCUGCAGAAUUAUUUGACAAUAUACGUAAGUACCAUGUUUCCUUGUGGUGUGCGCUCUGUUCUGGUUUCUGUUUUUAAAUCAAAUGCCUGUUUGGGAGGAGAUGAACGUAUUUAGUCUAUUAGAUUUGCGCUGCUGGAUUUUUUUUAAAGUGUAACCUUGACUAGCUGUCUUAUUGUUUAUCCUGUAAGAUUAGUCUAUCAAUUAAAGUUUGAUAAUUAAUUGCGUCUCCUUUUCCUUC